AUGAGUUUUUCUCGCGACCCACCCCCGGCAAUGAGCCUGUCCCAAGAUACACAAGGGAUUUUCUCAGAGUUCGAAGACCCAGAACGACAGGACCUCGUGCACCGUGUGCUUAUCAAUGUCGGAGUGAUAGAAGCCGAUUUUGUGGAAGAAAUACCUCGGGCGAAUUUAUUUCUGCUUUGGUUUGCAGCAAAGGAAACACUCGAAGAAUGGGCGAAGCCGGCAUCCGACACUGUGAUUCUCGUUUUGCGGAAACAAUUGAACGAGGCGCCGCUCGACAUUCCUGCAUUCUUGGUAUUCUCGAAGAAGAACCCAUUCACCGAAAUCCGCAGUAAGAAGCGCAAGUUCUCCCAGCCCUCAGAGGAACAUCAACAGUCAUCUCCCACUACCUCGACUAUGUCCUCCGACCCACGAUCAAAUCUAGAUGCAACCUCGAUGGAAUGUCUGUCAGUAGAUCAUUCAGCCAAUUUGCAGCCCGCCAUCCCAUUCCCCACCACGUCCUCCUUACCAAAGCGUGAUCAAACUAUUGUGGCCCAGAGCCUCGGAAGGGACAAAAAUCGUUGCUUAGUGACGGCACAAGGGAGCCUUUUCUUACAGUCAGCUCACAUCGUUCCGCACCGAUUUAGUGGAACAGUCGUCAGGUCUGGUCAUACCCCCUUCUGGAACCAUCUCACCAUUUACUGGGGGCGUGCACAAUGUAAGAAAUGGGAAGCGGAGCUUCUCCAAGGAGAUGUGAUCAACACGGAGUUCACGGCGAAUAUGAUGUCCUUGAGCCAACACGCACACUCAUACUGGGGAUCAGCAAGGUUUGCAUUUCGUCCAGUAUCCAUUAAUGAGGAUAGGACUGAAAUGCAGAUUGCUCUGCAUUGGCUGCCAAUUUUACCAACAAGCAUCAAGCGCACGGAUUUGGUCUUACCAACCGAGAAUCCUUUCAAAAACCCCGAUGCACAUACUCGAUUUUUGCCGAGUAAUAAUGAGGGCCUCUAUCAUUGGCUAAGGCAGGAGGAGAUUCAGUCCGGGGAACUUUUUACCGUUGUGACAGAUAAUCCAGCCGAAAGACCUUUGCCUUCUUGGGAUUUGCUUACUCUGAUGUGGCACUUGACUCGACUUGCAGCGAUGCAGGGAGCGGGGGAGGAGGAGGAGGAUGAGGAAGGUCGGCCGGACGACGACACAGCCCCAAUUUCCAUGGGGAACAGGGCUGAUAGAAAAGAAAACAGACGGGUAUCUCGUGGCCGCUCCCCAGCGAUCCCGCAUCACAGUGAAAAUCUUUCGCCUGCAAGCGCCCAAUUCACCAUGCGGCUACGAAGUCAAGAAAAAUCAAUCUCACCAUUACGACAGCUUAGCCCAGGUUUAGAAAUUCCCAAGAGGCAAAGAUUGCAUCAUUCACGAAGCCGAAGUCCAAUGCUUGAGGAGUGA